GCAUCAAGAUCCGUUCUUUCCAGGUUAGAACUACUGCUGAGCGACCACAGAUCACAGCGGGGAAGCGGAAUUACUGCCUCAGCUGGGUUUUGUUUGUCUGGAUUUUAUUUCUGGAGCCGAAAUAUUUAUUUAAACGCUUGUUUUAAGGAUUUAUUGUAGCCUAUUUAUUUAUUGACCAAGAUGGGCUGCGCUGGAUUCACCUGCUCCAAACACUCCCUUUGCGCGCUCAACAUCCUCUAUGUUAUGGUGAGCCUGCUGAUGAUUGGCAUUGCAGCAUGGGGGAAGUGGUUCGGUCUGGUCUCCAGUUUCCAGGUGGUGGGAGGCAUCAUUGGUGUGGGCGUCUUCCUCUUCUUUGUGGCCCUGGCCGGCCUCAUCGGGGCCAUGAAGCAUCACCAGGUCCUGCUCUUCUUCUACAUGAUCAUCCUAUUCAUGGUGUUUAUUGUGCAGUUCUCUGUUUCCAGUGCCUGUUUGGCCAUCAACAGAGAGCAACAGGAUCACCUGUUGGAGGUGGGCUGGAAUAACUCUCAGAGCACUCAGAGGGAUGUGGAGAAGAGCCUCAACUGCUGUGGCUUCAAACAGGUGGAUCCCAACCUCACCUGUGACGCUGCUUGUUUCCCCAACCACUCCUGUUUGCCCUGUGCAGAUAAGAUCCAGGAAAAUGCUGGAGAGGCUCUCCACUUCGUAGGAGGGAUCGGACUCUUUUUCAGCUUCACCGAGAUUCUGGGAGUGUGGCUCACCUAUCGCUACAGGAACCAGAAGGACCCCCGAGCAAACCCCAGUGCUUUCCUGUGAGACAGCACCAGCUUCAGCCCCUCUGCACUGUCACCUCACCACCUCUAUGGCCCUUCUCUGGGCUUUAACUGUAAAUACAAGACCGACCUGUGUGUUUCCACUGAUUGCUGCAGCGAUGCUGUUAUAAUGUGAUGUGUUUGAUUUUCAAGAGCGAAGUGUGUUCUGAAAACAACUUGUUGUGUGUGAAGGAACAGUGCACAUGUUGCCUCCAGCGUGACAGCUCUGCAUAAUAAAAGUGACACUGAACAUACUGAACAUAUACAGAUAGUACUCUGAGCACUUGUGGGUGAAGAGGGAAUAUUGUUUACAGCAGUCUGCUGUAUAUUCCAAAAGUAUUUAUGCAGCCUGCCUGUUGUCCCUGAACACUGUCCCCCCCUUUUUGUUUGUUUGUUUGUUCUAUAAAACAGUGGGUCAGUGAAUGCAAUAAUGUCAGCCACUAGUCUGCAUAUUGAUAUGACAAAAAUAUUUUCACCAUGUGUGACAGUAUGAAUAUUGUGUGAGGAGAAUAUAUGUUUGUAAUUUGGGAGUGUUUUUGCUUAUGUGAGUGUGCGUGCGUGCGUGUGUGUGUGUGUGUGUCACUGGUCUACUAGUUUGUCUUGCUCCUGGUUUGCGUGCUGUGUAUUUGGCCUUUUGCAUGACUCUUCUGCAAAUAUAAUGAGAACUGUAUGAGAACUGCAAUGAUGAUUCUGUAAACCACCUGUCUGAACCUUUGUACUGUAAACCACAAUAAAACACUAAGGGAAAAAACAGA